AUGACUACUUUAACAAAAAGUAUCGACUAUUUGUCUCGAGUAAUAGACUCAUACGUAUGCAAUGUAUCGGAAAAGGCUUUGGUUGUUGGAAUAAGUGGUCCUCAAGGUUCAGGAAAGUCAUAUUUGACGAAUCAAUUGGGAACAGAGUUGAGGAAAUUGUACCCUAAAUUGAACAUAGUUCUGUUUCUGAUGGAUGAUCUAUAUCUCACGCAUGAAGAUCAAUUGGCAUUAACAACUCGGUCUCAAGACUAUAUGGAUGAUAACAAGUUAUUGCAAGGCCGUGGGCUCCCUGGAACACAUGAUAUUGAGCUAGGGGCUGAUCUUUUCUCCAAGCUAAUUAACAGGCACUCGGAACUGAUUAUGCACGAAGUUCCAAUUCCUUUUUAUGAUAAGGGAGCAUUUAACGGAGAAGGUGAUAGGUCCCCUGAAUGUAAUUGGAAUGUGGUUAAGACACCAGUAGACGUGAUUAUCUUUGAAGGAUGGUUUAAUGGUUUUCAACCUUUAUCGUUUGAUCAAUUACGAGUAAAAUACUUAACUUCUGAUAUAAACAAAUCAGUUAUACAAAGACAUAAAAUGUUCCAUGUUGAACAGGUGAAUGAGAACUUGAAAGAAUAUGCAAAAUUAUGGUCUUUAUUCGAUUUUUUCAUCUGCUUAGAAACAGACUCCUUGCAAAAUGUUUACAAUUGGAGAUUGGAACAAGAGCAUUAUCUUAAAGCGACUACUCCAGCAGGUACUGGUAUGACAGAUGAAGAAGUUGUUAAGUUUGUUGAUAGAUACAUGCCAAUCUAUGAAUUAUACUAUGAGAAAAUGUGUAGCGAUGGAUGUGUUAAGAAAGUGGGUCAUAAUCUCAAAUUAGUUAUUAAUGCAAAACGUAAUAUGUUGGAUUCUAUGAUCUAUUAA